AUAACCUUUGUUGUCUCUAGAUCAUACCUCUGGGUCAAGUCCUGAUGACUGGGAAGUCAGAGGCUGAGUACACAGCUGUGCUACAACACAUACACCAGCUUGUGCCUCUAUUCAACCCCACUGUCGUUAUGACUGAUUUUGAGGUCGGUCUACAGAAUGCCUGGAAAACAGUCUUCCCAAAUGCACAGGUUGUUGGCUGCUACUGGCAUUUUUGCAGGGCUGUUCUAAAAAAGGCCAGAGAGUUGGGUCUGGUUCCCUUUAUGAACCAACAUAGAAGGCUGAAGAGCCUCAUACGAUCUGCAUGCGCCUUAGCUUUGCUGCCUAAAAAUGUUAUGGCUCGAGGGCUCAACACCCUCAUUCAGGAGGCCACUAGACGAGGCUACAUUCAGCUCCUCAAUGGCUUCUUCCUUUAUAUGAUAAACACUUGGAUGACAGAUCCUCUGUUCUCCACAAUGUCCGUUUAUGACCAGCCACAUAGGACCAACAAUGUUUCCGAGUCCUGCAACAGAAUGCUGAGGUCAAAAACAGGAGCACACAGGCCAGGUCUUUGGCAUUUCAUAACUGCACUCCGUCGUCUGGAACAAACUUCGGCCCGGACUCUUCUUGCUGCUCGGCGGUUUGGAUUCCAAGUAGCCCGUGCCCGAAAAGUCUCAGCUGUAAACAAUGACAUUAGAAUAAGAAAUUACACUGCACUAUUGCUCGCUGGAGAAAUUAGCAUCAACCGUUUCUUGCAUUUAGCUUCUACUAGAGUCAUGAAUGUCUUCGAUCAAUUUAUUGUUUAGUUCUUUCAAUUUGCUGGCAACGUACUGCUAUUUAGUUCUGUAAUUAUAA